AUGGCCGCCAGCCAGAAUGUCGAUAAUUCAGCGGACAAUGCGCUGGCGAAGAUGGGGUACAAGGUAGAACUACAGCUGAAUCUCAGCAUGAUACCGAUCCUCGGACUGUAUGCCACCAAGGACAUCCCACAUCUAACACACCCAAUAUUCGGAUAUUCGGAUGAGAUCUUGAGGGAACUAUUUUGCUGA